GAUGGCGGAGAGCGGGUUAGUUUCAGUAGAAAGCGGAAGAAGUCCUCUGCUUCACAGAUAGAGAAGCGCACGUGCUAACGCAGCGUCCACGCGCGGUAGGAGUCGUUACAAGACACCGAGGUCCACUUCGCACGAUUCUGGAGCGAACAUGAAGCCAGGAUUCAGUCCCCGUGGAGACAGAGGAGGAAGAGGUGGAGGACGAGGUGGAGGAAGAGGAGGGUUCGGUGACCGUGGAGGAAGAGGAGGGUUCGGCGACCGUGGAGGAAGAGGCGGGUUCAGAGGUGGACGAGGGGGAAGUUUCAGGUCCCCCGACGGUGGAGGGUUUCGGGGACGCGGGGGCGGCAGAGGAACCCCAAGAGGACGAGGAGGAAGAGGAGGAGGCCGUGGAGGAUUCGGAGGAGGGAAGAAGGUGGUGAUAGAGCCACACAGACAUGAAGGGGUGUUUAUCUGCAGAGGGAAGGAGGACGCCCUGGUCACCAAAAACAUGGUGGUGGGAGAGUCGGUGUACGGAGAGAAGAGGAUGAGCGUGGAGGAGGGGGAUACUAAGAUUGAGUACAGAGCCUGGAAUCCUUUCCGCUCCAAGCUAGCAGCUGCAAUUCUUGGAGGAGUUGACCAGAUUCACAUCAAGCCGGGGACCAAGGUCAUGUACCUCGGAGCUGCAUCAGGCACCACGGUGUCCCAUGUCUCUGACAUCGUCGGGCCAGACGGGCUGGUCUACGCAGUGGAAUUCUCCCACCGAUCUGGCCGUGACCUCCUCAAUGUGGCAAAGAAACGCACCAACAUCAUCCCCAUCAUUGAAGACGCCCGCCAUCCGCACAAGUACCGCAUGCUUGUUGGCAUGGUGGACGUGAUCUUUGCUGAUGUCGCUCAGCCCGACCAGACCAGAAUCGUCGCCCUUAAUGCUCACAACUUCCUGAAGAAUGGCGGACACUUUGUCAUCUCCAUAAAGGCCAACUGCAUCGACUCCACGGCAGCUCCAGAGGCUGUGUUUGCUUCAGAAGUGAAGAAGAUGAGCGCAGAGAACAUGAAGCCCCAGGAGCAGCUCACCCUGGAGCCCUACGAGAGGGACCACGCUGUAGUGGUGGGCAUCUACAGACCGCCACCAAAACAGAAGAAAUGAGGCAAAGAAGAAGACUUUUUGGAGCUGGCUGAUUUUUUUUUUUUUUUGUUUUGUUUUUUUCCUCUCAAUGUUUGCUUUUGUAAAGUCCCGAGCCCACUUCCUCAGACUAAACCUGGUUGCUCUAACUUUCUUGAAGGAACAAGCAGCCCAUCACUCUUCUCUGACCGGAUGAAGCUGGGAACAUGUGUCAUUCGUGGUUGCGUUCUGAAAUGUUACCAAACAAACCUGCCAAGCUUUGAGGUUCAGUUUCCAGAAGUUCGUUUUUCCUUCAUGGAUGUUUAUGGAUCGCUCCAUAGAAAUAACGUACAACUGUUUCAACAAUCAGUCUAUCAGUUUUAUUGGUUGAUGAAAAAAUAUAUAUUCUAACAUUUUUAUUUUGUUCUCUUUUUUUUUAAAUAAAGAAGAAACUUCUAA